CAGUAAAGUUGAGAUAAUAGUGUUUCUCAUUUAGUAUCAUUAAGAAAUAGUUAUCAUUUAGUUGGGAUCAUUACACGUUAAACAUGGAUCUUCGGACACUACCACUGACGAACGGGACCGGGUCAAUUCCUACAGUAGGACUGGGCACGUUCACCGUGUUUGGUGAAAGGGGAAAACCCGAAGAAGUUGAGGCAGCUACAAGUGCGGCCGUGGACGCCGGAUACCGCCAUUUUGAUUGCGCUUGGAAUUAUGGGACACAGGAAGGAAUUGGUCGCGCGUUAGAGAAGAAAAUUAAAGAAGGUGCCAUUGAACGAAAAGAUAUUUUCAUCACAACUAAGUUAUGGGAUACUCACCAUAACCCAAAACUUGUGAUGGAAGAACUGAAAGACUCACUGAGGACUUUACGAACUGACUAUGUCGACAUGUUCUUAGUUCAUUGGCCAACAGCGCUUAAAGACCAGGAUUUUAGCGCCGACGUCAUUGCCCCUAAAGACGAGAAUGGAAAGAUCCAGUGGGCAUGUUACCCGUUAGAAGAUGUUUGGAAAGAGAUGGAAAAAUGUCAUAGUGCUGGAAUGGCUCGAAAUAUUGGUAUCUCGAACUUUAACAGAAAACAAACGGAAAGAAUCUUCAAAUGUUGUACGAUCAAACCUUCAAACAUGCAGAUAGAAAUAUCGCCAUAUUUUGCAAACGAGCGAAUCACGAAGUUUUGCCAGGACAAGGGAUUGGUUGUAACAGCCUAUGCACCAUUGGGGGCUCCAUCUAGACCAUGGAGGGAGUCGAGCGAACCUAGUCCGUUUGAAGAUCCUGUACUUCUUGAAAUAGCCAAACAAAAAGGAAAAUCGGUUGCACAGGUCAUAAUUAGAUUUCACCUUCAAAACGGGAUUGCCGUGGUUCCAAAGAGCAUAACACCGUCUAGAAUUCAAGAAAAUAUCAAUGUUUUUGACUUUGAGUUGUCAGAUGAUGAUAUGAAGAAAAUAAAGGCUUUAGAUCGAAAUCUAAGAGUUUACAAGGAACCUAUAUGUAUUGGACACCCUGAAUAUCCGUUUGAUGAACCAUUUUAAGGAGCAUGUAUAGAUCACAAAUCUGCGCGCAUGAGAAAAAGUCUUAAUACAUAGACGCAUGCAUCUAAUCAUUUGUAAAAUAAACGCAUUUAUUUUCA